ACAUGUUCAGUGUGUAUAUAUUGUAUUUAUUAUAUUUAAUAUAUAAUAUGAGUUAUAUUUUGUUAUAUUAGUAUAUUUGGUUGAUACUUUUUGGGCCAAGUUGAGUUUUGGAGAAUUAAUUCAUGGGAUGAAUUUAAUGGUGAAAUAUAUGUUGUUGGUGUUGCAAGUUUAUGCCAUUGCUAGUUCUGCUGUUCUUCAAGGAUUUUCAGCUUCUACCAAUCUUGAGCCUGCAUCAGGACCCCUAGGGAAUACACCUCUUGAACCCUCAUCUCCAAAGACUCUUCCAAAUGGUGCAGCACCGAUUAUGUCAACUCCAGAAAGGUCAGCACCAAGCCCACCAGUCAUCCCGCCAACUGUCCCUGUAUCGAUGCCACCAAUUCCUCUACCGGAGAAGGGACCUACCAUUGAGCUUCCUCUCAGUCCGCAAACAGUCCCGGUACAAAUAGCACCGACACCAAAAGAAGAGCCUCAAAGUCCACCACCUUCAAAAGAAGAGCCUCAAAAUCCACCACCAGUGACUCAAGCAGCAUCACCAUCCUUGUCUCAAGUGCCACCAUCCAUGCCCCAAUCACCGCCAUCUAUAUUGCCUGAGCCUGUUGCAUCACCUCCAACCAAUUUGCCAAUGGCAUCACCACCAUCCUCCCCUACAGUGCCAGUACCAACUUUUAACUUACCACUGCCUGCUGUACCGCCAAGCACAUUACCAAGCGCACCACCUGUGCCAUCAACCAAUAUGCCAAUGGCACCACCACCAACAUCUCCCAUAUUGCCCGUAUCACCACCUAACUUGCCACUACCUGCUGACAUACCACCAACCACUUUACCAAGUUCACCACCAAUGCCACCAACCAAUUUGCCAAUGGCACCACCACCAACAUCCCCAGUCUUGCCCUUAUCACCCCCUAACUUGCCAGCUCCUGCUGAAUUACCACCAAGCACAUUACCAAGUUCACCACCUAUGCCACCACUCAAUUUGCCAAUGCCACCACCACCAACAUCCCCUGCAUUGCCCGUACCACCUCCUAACUUGCCAUUUCCUGUUGAAUUACCACCAAGCACAUUUCCAAGUUCACCACCUAUGACCCCUGUACCUCCUUCCAACCUGUCAGCCCCUGUGGCAUCACCUCCAAGCACAUUACCAGCAAAUCCACCUCCAAGUCCAUCUACUUUGUCCGUCCCUCCGCCAAAUUUGCCAGUACUUGUGCCGUCACCCUCAAGCACAUUUCCAAGAGAUCCACCUCCGAGCCCCCCUACUGUGACUAUGCCUCCACCACAUUUACCAGGGCCUGUUGCAUCCCCCCCUCAGAUAUCCCAAAAAAACACACCGCCGCCCAACUCUACAUUUGCGACACCGCCAUCUGAUCGACCAGAACCUCAUGUAUCUCCUAUUAGUCCUAUAUCAACACCUAUUCCUCCUUCACCUAAAAAUCAAACCAAUGAUAUCGCUCCAAGUCAACGGUCUCAAGUGAAAGAUCCAGUUGUCCAUAAAGGUCCAAGCUCUAAUGACCAUGCCCCUCCACCAUAUUCAAGUUCUAAAUCUCCGGCUAUAAUAUCUCAUACUCCGCCAUCAUUUCCACCAUUAUAUCCUCCACCACCAGCAGGCCUGAAGAACAAGCCAGCCCACCAUUACUCUCCACCACCAUCUGGUCCAGUGAGUAAGCCAAGGCAUCUUGCUUCACCACCAAGUCCAGGAAAAGCACCUCGAAUUGAAAACUCUGUUUCGCCUUCAGUCUCUCCACCUAGAACAUCACCAUCUAUACAGACUAUAGUGCCAGUUCUUCCGCCUAAAGUUUCUCCUACCCGUUCCUCACCAAGGUUUCCAAGGCCCCUUCAAGCAUUACCACCUCCACCUCCAAAUGAAGAUUGUUUGUCCAUGACAUGCGUGGAGCCGUUGACCACAACUCCUCCUGGAACACCCUGCAAAUGUGUUUUGCCUAUGCAAGUUGAGCUUGGCCUUGGCGUCUCACUCUAUACCUUUUUUCCUUUGGUAUCAGAGCUGGCUACAGAAAUGGCUACCGGGCUCUUCAUGAGAUCAAGUCAAGUUCGAAUCAUGGGGGCAAAUGAAGACAACCAAGACUCUGAAAAAACGAUUGUUAUCAUUGACCUAGUACCCCUCGGUGAAAAGUUUGACAACUAUACCGCGUACAUAACAGCUCAAAAACUAUGGCAGAAGCAAGUGCCUAUUAAGUCCUCUCUUUUUGGCGAUUAUGAAGUUUUGUACGUGAAAUAUCCAGGUCUUCCUCCAUCACCGCCUAUGCCAUCUUCUAGAAACGGUAUGAAUGGUGAACCGUAUGGUCAUGGCAACAAUGGAAGGGACAUAAAGCCUCUUGGUGUUGAUGUGGGUAAGCAGAAGCAUAGCAAUAGGUUAAGUGGAGGUGUCAUUUCGAUAAUAAUUCUGUCAGCAGUUGUAGCAGUGAUUCUAGUGUCUGUUGCUGUUUGGGUUCUGCUGGUUAAAAAUAGGGACAGAUCUCGGCCAGGACAGACCCCAACAACUACUUUACCUUCAGUCACCAAAUCGUCAGGGAUUGGUGGAUCAAUGACCGGAAGUGGGCCCGAGUCGGCUUCAUUAUCAUUCCGCUCUACUAUAGCUUACAAUGGAUCCGCGAAGACAUUUAGUUUAAGUGAUAUGGAGAAGGCGACGGAUAACUUCAACGAGUUGGGGGUUCUUGGUGAAGGUGGAUUUGGGCGUGUUUAUGGUGGUUUACUUGAAGAUGGGACAAAAGUUGCCGUCAAAGUACUUAAACGCGACGAUCAACAAGGGGGUCGGGAAUUCUUGGCUGAAGUUGAGAUGCUUAGCCGCCUACACCAUAGAAACCUGGUCCGGUUGCUUGGUAUAUGCACAGAGGAAAGAAACCGGUGCUUGGUUUAUGAGCUCAUUCCAAAUGGAAGCGUUGAAUCUCAUCUUCAUGGGAUAGACAAGGAGAUUGCACCACUGGAUUGGGGGGCUCGCUUGAAGAUAGCUUUGGGUGCGGCUCGUGGGCUAGCUUACUUGCAUGAAGAUUCAAGCCCAAGAGUCAUCCAUAGAGACUUCAAGUCCAGCAACAUUCUUUUGGAACAUGACUUCACUCCCAAAGUUUCUGAUUUUGGUUUGGCUCGAUCUGCUUUAGAUGAAGAAAACCAACACAUCUCGACACGUGUCAUGGGUACUUUCGGAUACGUGGCUCCUGAGUAUGCAAUGACCGGCCAUCUUCUUGUGAAGAGUGAUGUUUAUAGUUAUGGAGUGGUACUCCUUGAGCUUCUAUCAGGAAGGAAACCUGUUGACAUGUCGAUGCCACCCGGCCAAGAAAACUUAGUGGCAUGGGCCCGGCCCCUCCUGCCAACACCAGAAGGUUUAAACUUGCUUAUUGAUCCAUCACUGAGCCCCGAAGUUCCAUUUGACAGUAUAGCUAAAGUAGCAGCAAUAGCUUCAAUGUGUGUGCAGCCCGAGGUGUCACACAGACCUUUCAUGGGUGAGGUCGUUCAGGCAUUGAAAUUGGUAUGCAAUGAGUGUGAAGAAACACGAGAUUUGGGCUCAAGAACCUGUAGCCAAGAGGAUCUAGCAUCCAUGGACUUUGAUCCUCGGGACAGUACAAACUCAGGCCCACCCCCAGGUGCAUCCCGAUCCACUUAUCCAACAUACGAGUCUCCGUUAGAUGUGGAAAGUGGCUUCCCGGGUCAUGGGCUAGAUGUAGAUUCGUUUAGGCUUACUUCUAGUUCGGGUCCUUUGAGGCCAAGGAGAAGUUUGCAGAUAUGGGAAAGGAUGAAAAGGUUUUCAAGUGGUAGCAUGAGUGAUUACGGAGAAGUACUGAGGUUACUGGCACGAUCACGUUGACUUUUUUUUAGUUCAUUUUUGUUUCCUUUGACAAUGCUCGUCUCACUGACUCACUCCUGUCAACAAAAUUAAAACGUUGGCAAAUUGAAAUUGCUGCAUGAAAUGUACAGAAAAAAUGUUGCAUUUGUUUUGGGAAUGUAUUUCCCAGGUAUAGUUGUAAAUACACAAAGCAGCAUUUAAAGAGGUUGGAGAUGUUUUUGAAGUAA